CCCAUGUGCUGGGAUCGUAUUUAGGACGCAAUUCCCCAGAUGCCACCCGGCGGCACGACCGUAGACUUUGUCUGCCUUGAAGCCAUUGAAGCCUCGAGCUCGAGCUCCAACAUCUGACAACAGAAGGGAGUUGGUGUUCUGUCGUUUGUGACCUGGUCUAACCUGGCCUGCCCAAAAUGAGGCUUUCUCUCUUUUACAUUCCUCUUUUCGCCAGGGCCCUGCUGGCUAAGCCCUGGAGGACCAGACGGGAAGAUCUCAAGGGCUGCGUCGCCAAUGUCUUUGGUGACAACGCCGCCGAUCGCAUCGUGACCGCUGACGACGAGACUUAUACCGAUGCCCGGAUUGGAGAACACAUCCAGGACGAACAGCUUCCCGCCCUCAUCGCCUUUGUCCAGCACAAGGACGAGGUUGCCCCCCUUAUCAAGUGCGCGAAGACCCAUGGCGUUCAACCCGUGCCCAGGUCUGGAGGUCACCACUUCCUCGCCUACUCUGCCCUCAAAGACGCCCUCGUCAUCGAUAUAAGCCACAUCGACCACGUCCAGGUCAGCGAAGACGGCGCCACCGCGACCGUGGGUGGCGGCAUCCGCCUCGGCGCCCUCUACACCGCCCUCCACGCCGCGCGGGGCGGCAGCGCAGACGGCUUCGACUGGCCCGGCGGCAUUUGCCCGACCGUCGGCCUCUCGGGCUACCUCUCCUCCGGCGGCUUCAACAUGCAGAUGCGCGCCGUGGGCCUCGGCGUCGAUUCCGUCGUCUCCGCCAAGGUCGUCCUCGCGAACGGGUGUCAGGUCACCGCCUCGCCCGACGAGAACCCGGACCUCUUCUGGGCCAUCCGCGGCGGCGGCGGCGGCUCCUACGGCAUCGUCGUCGAGUGGACCCUCGCCCUGCGCGAGUACCCCCGCUCCUCCAUGGUGCUGAUGCGCUGGAACGCCGACGCCGACGCCAACGCCAACGGCAAUGCCACCGGCAAUGCCACCGGCAAUGCCACCGCCGCCGGCCAGGACGCCCGCGCCGAGGUAGCCAAGGCCUGGCACGCGUGGGCCCCGCGCGCCGACCCGGCCCUCACCUCCCAGCUGCUCAUCUACCAGCACAGCGUCGAGUUCCUGGGCUGGUGCUUCGGUUGCGCCGAGGACACGCUGCGGUCCAUCGUCGCCGAGUCGGGGCUGCCGUCCCUGGGCCUGCCCGAGGUACACUACUCCGGCGGCUGCGGCACCAACGCCGCCCGCGCGGUCGGCUACCUGGGCGACGCCUGCCCGCCCGACGAGGUGGCCGACCAGAUCGCCCCCUACGCGCUCAACACGAUCCAGCAGCCCUUCACACCCCUGGAAGGCUUCCCCGUCUUCGACUGGGACCAGCGGCCCCAGGCGCCCGAGUUGCCCACCGCCAUGCCCUGGCCCCGGGCGAUCCGUGUCGCGAGCUCGUACUUUGUGCAGAGGGACAACAUCCCCGACGGCGAGGUGAUUGACGAGCUCGUGAGCCGGCUGGACCUGCUGGACCCCGCCGGCGUUCCCUUCUACGAGUGGCAUGCCUGGAACAUCUCCGUUUCGGGCGACUCGGCCUUCCCCUGGCGGGAGCAGGCCUACUCGCAUCUGGAGAUGGUCGCGUGGGGGUCCGAGGACGAGGAGGCCCAGGACGGGUUGGUCAACUGGUUUGAAGAGACCGAGGCUUUCCUUAGGCCGAUAGUCGGGUAGGUCCUUUUUUUUUUUUCUUUUCGCUUCUUUCUUCGCGUGGCAAUGGGUUGACCUAGGCAUGACAGACCUGCCUCCUAUGCGGGAUACAUGGACAAUAGGAUCUCUACCCCACCCCUGGAGUCGUACUACGGGAGCAAUGUGGCCGAGCUGUCCGAGAUUAA